CCGUAUGAAGGUAACGGGUGAUAUGGAUUCUGCAUUCACCAAUGGACGAUUCUCUCCCACGAUUGCAAUCCUUGGUGCUCGUGGGCCAUCCUAGUGUUUGGUUAGGAGAAAUUCUCGGUCGUUGCGCUCAGAAAUAACUUGCGGCGAAGUCGUACAGGACGAAGACGCCUUGCGGUGAGCGCAGGGAUACUAGCAGAAACGGGCUAGCAAGAUAAAGAGAAAGGAAGAAGAGGACGGUGAUAUGGUGUUGGUGGGCACCAAGGUCGACGAGAAACAUGCCAAUUGGGUCACGGUGUAUAGCAUGCUGACGGGAAUUCGCGUAUCUGUGUCGAGAACGAACGCGAAGCUGGAUCGGCCGUUGACGGACACAGACUUUGAGUCGAAGCGGAAGUCGACUUUCGAUAUUGCCGGAAACGAACUGGCACCUUCUGCAGAGUAUAACUUCAAGUUUAAGGACUAUGCGCCUUGGGUUUUUCGUCAUCUCCGUGCUCUCUUUCGGCUUGAUCCGGCAGGUUACUUGACAUCGUUGACGGGGGAGUACGUCAUGUCAGAGUUUGCGUCCCCAGGAAAGAGUGGUAGCUUGUUCUACUUUUCCAGGGACUACAAGUAUAUCAUCAAGACCAUCCGCCACUCCGAGCAUAGGUUCCUCCGGAAAGUCCUUAGGGAUUACUGCCAGCAUGUCACGGAAAACCCAAACACACUGCUCUCCCAGUUCUAUGGCCUUCACAAUGUUAAGACGCCGUAUGGCGAGAAGAUUUACUUUGUCGUCAUGAACAACCUAUUUCCCCCGCAUUGCGAUAUCCAUCAGACCUUCGACUUGAAGGGAUCGACCAUUGGCCGUGACUAUAAGGAGGACGGCCUAGAGAAGAAUCCUCGAGCAACGUUGAAGGAUCUGAACUGGUUGCGGCGGAAGCGGCACCUGGUGUUGACAAUGGGGAAGAAGAGACUUUUCUUGGAGCAGUUGCACAGAGACGUUCGACUUUUGCAAAAGGUGCAGAUUAUGGACUACUCCCUUCUGAUCGGCAUCCAUGACCUGCAAAGGAGCAACGAGGAGAACCUGCGAGAUAAGGCACUGAAAGUCUUUAAUCCUGGGGGGUAUAUACCACCCGAUGACUCACAUUCGGUCGUUAUGGGGACAGCCUCAAAACUCGAGAAUACCCAGACGGCAGGAGAAUUCCGGCAGAUGAUUAAGGCAAAGAGAACUGUACCGACCGGUCAGACCAGUAUCCGGAUGCCUUCUGAGCUAGUAGAGGGACAGAACACGGAAUAUUUCUUGUUCUAUGAGGACAACGGUGGCGUCAGGGCGAUUCAUGAAAACAAUCAGCCAGGAGAGGAGAUUUACUACCUGGGAUUGAUCGACUGCCUGACUCACUACGGAAUCAGCAAGAAGAUCGAGCAUUUCUGGAAAGGUCUGCGUCACGACGGGACACAGAUUUCAGCCCUUCCGCCCCAGGAAUAUGGCGAGCGAUUCCUCCACUUCAUGGAGGGCAUCACGAUAACCCCCGAAGAAGCUGCACGCGUAGCCUGCAGAAAGAAGGCAGUAGCCGCCGCAGCUGAGCAGGAAAGGGAGCGUGUGAGCAGCUGGGGCAGCACGAGCCAGCUUAGUAGCGGCGGUACCGAAUCUGACAGUCAGCUGCUAACACCAGCGAAGGACGGCGAGGAAUCGGCAGCAGGGUUCUUCAGGUACAUGAAGAUCAGCUUGGCUGGGUUCCUCAGAUUGAUCCGGUGCUCGUGACGAAUUAUACCUCGACCUCGACCUCGACCUCCCUCGGUAAAGGCCUGAUCUUUGAAAGAUAUGGUG